AAAGUGAAUGUAAUGAAAGUGUAAAUUAUUUCUGUUAUUUUAGGGCGGGGUCUUCAAAAAAGUUUGCUAAAAUCAGAUAACUAGCACGACAGGCUUAGUUGAAUCUUGACAGCUAGCGUUAGCGUCGUUGGCAGUGGCUGGAUUUCAAAUAGCUUCGUAUUGGGAUUUGUAGUGCGCUUUAUAGAGUGCAAAAGCGCGUAUUUGUAUCCUGUUAAGUGCCCUUUUGUACUUAGUAGGCAGUUAUUUGGGAUUUAGCCAUCUACGGCGUUAACUAGGGGAACAGUAUGUAACAUAGUCAUAAGCCAGGAGAUGCCUCAAAGCCAGCCGGUUAUUUUCAACCCUGAUUUCUUCGUGGAGAAACUGAGGCAUGAGAAGCCCCAGGUUUUCACUGAGCUCCUGCUGAGUAACAUAAGCCGGCUCAUUGAUUUACCCGGAGCUGAAUUUGCACAGCUUCAGGGAGAGUCAGACCUCAAGCUCCCUGCUUCCUCAGGCUUCCUGCGCCUCCCCAACUUCCUGAAGCGUAAAGAGAAAGGAGUGAUAUUUGGAGCACCAUUAACUGAGGAGGGCAUUGCCCAGAUUUACCAGCUCAUAGAGUACCUUGGAAAAAACCUACAUGUGGAGGGCCUGUUCCGCGUGCCGGGGAACAGCAUCAGACAGCAGGCGCUGAGGGAGAUACUCAACAGUGGCGCAGAUGUCGACCUGGACACGGGGGAUUACCACCCGCAUGACGCGGCCACAUUGCUAAAGGCCUUCCUGGGGGAGCUGCCGGAGCCACUGCUGACUCAUCGCCAUUAUCAUGCACAUCUCAAAAUAGCCGAGAUUACGUUGUUCGAUGAGAGAGGCAACAAGACGUCCGUGCCGAACAAAGAGCGCCAGCUCGAAGCGCUGCAGCUUGUCUUCAUGCUGCUGCCUCCAGCCAACCGCAGCCUCCUUAAACUGCUGUUGGACCUGCUCUAUCAGACCGCCAAGCACCAAGACAAAAACAAAAUGUCCGCCUUCAACCUGGCGCUCAUGUUUGCACCGCAUAUCAUAUGGCCCAAAAAUGCGACUGCAAAUGAUCUGCAAGACAAUAUGAAUAAGCUGAACAACGGCAUCGCAUUUCUUAUCAAACACUCGCAGAAGCUGUUUCGGGCACCAGCAUACAUCAAAGACCAUGCACGGAUGCUUUUCUCCGGCUCAGAAACUCCUCAAUCAAAGGAUGACAUGGAGCUGUACGCCGGAGCUGGCGUUCGAGGCCUGCCCUCUAAGAGAAGCAGCGAGGAGGAUGGCAGCGGUAGCCAGCAGCACACACAGGAGGCUCUGCGUGAGCUUUUUCAGCAUGUCAGCAACAUGCCUGAAUCUACAAAGAAGAAGAAACUCAUUCGACAGUUCAACAAGCAGGGCACUCCGGUACGCGAAAGCCCCAGACCUUCAAACCAAAAGCAUGGUCGCUCCCGGUCAUUCGGCGGCCUCAUCAAGAGAAAAGUUUUGGGGAAUCAAGUUACAAAUGAAAGAGCUGGAUCUGGGGUGAGCCAAACCAAAGAGGUGAACAAGGAAAACGGUUCCACAUCCAUCAAAAGAACUCCCGAUUCUACGGCACAGCACUCUAGUUUAAGCCUGUAAUUUUUUUUAAUUUGUAAAUUAAUUUUGGAUCAGGUUUAGGUGGUAUUUAUUUGGGCUCAAUUAACAAAUGUGACCUCCAACUUGUUAACUAUGCAGACAAGAUGAAUUUCUAAACCAAUACAUUGCAUGUGGUUAGGUUUUUACCAGUUGCAAAUGUCCUGAAUUAUUAAUCUGUUUGUGAAAGAUAUAUAUAUAUAUAUUAAAAAAAAAAGAAGUAAAAAUUGUCCCAAGCAUGUAGCAUCUACUCAGAAAGGUCAGGAAUGGAAUAUGUAUUUAGAAAGGUCAAGCAUGUGGCAUGUACUGAGAGGGCUUCUUUCUUUCUUUCUUUCUUUCUUUCUUUCUUCUUCUGUUUUUUUUUUAACUACUGCGGAAUUGUGUAAUUUGGCUUCCACUGGAUUUGAAUAUGCAUCCAGAGGUUCAGGGUACUAUAUGCAGGUAUGUGAAUCCAGCAUGACUAGACAUCCAGUACAUCCAAAAAACAACUAAUUAGUGGUUGUGUCCUAUUUUGACAUACACUACUUAGUAUGGAUAUACAGAGUUUGGGAUGUAAUUGUGGUCUUAUUUCAAAUCUUGUAGGCUACCCAACUAGCCACUUUUAUUUGAAGCUGUUACACUGAACUGUUUGAUAUGCGAGAGGGUUUUUUUUUUUUUAAGUCUGAUAUUGAAAAUUUGUACUUUUGGGGAAAAAGGGAGAUGAAUGGCGAUUGUUUCUGUAUCUCUGUGAUCGGAAUGUGUCCUAGUUUACACUUACUGAAACUUAUUGAGAGACAUGUAGAGGUUUUCCUCCUCAGGAUUUAAAAUAUUUGUAUGCUAUGAUAAAUUUAUGCAUCCUCACAAAUUAUGCCAAGCUCAGCUUUGUGGCACAAGGAUAAAAGACAGCUGUUUACAAAGGAAUUUAUUCGAAAAUCCCUCUGGAUUCAUCAGUGUGAUUUUGUGUAGAUUUAAACAACAAAAUAUAACAAGCGGACUCUUCAUUUAGGAUGCCUUAUAUCCUUUUUUUUUUUUUUGAAUUUUUUUUUUUGAAUUUUUAUGGGGAGAUAUUUUUUACUAACUUUGUAAAUGUGAAUAAGCUUGAGCCUGAACCUUUUUUUUUUAUUUAGACUGUAUUUCAGUUGUGUAUUGACAGUCUUAUAUUGUUAACUCUCAUUUUCAUUUUUUAAACUACUGUCUGUUUUUUUUUUUUCUUUAAGGAGUUAACCACUGUUUAAUUUGAGAUCAUUUUAAGUUAUUCCUUUUAAUAUUUUUAUAUGUGAAAGUGCUUUAUGUUUCACUUUUCAUCUCAAUGGAUCUGUGCUUUUUUCAGUUUUACUCACAAUUUAUUUUAUUUUAUCAUUUUUAAAAAUUGUUGUUUGUUUUUGUUUUUUACGGUGACAUUGCAUUGUUCACAUUUUACCUCCAACUGUAGCAGUAAUUAAAACUAGCGUGGUAUUUCAGCCUAAACAUGUGGAUCGCUGUUACCAUAUGUGGGUUUAAAGUCAUAGCUGUAUUGUACAAUGCCUUCAGCUUGUGACAUUAAAUCGAAAGUAUUAAAA